UCAAAACAACUCAAGAAGUUAAUACGGUUCUGUAAUUGUGUGGUUUAUUAUAACAUCUUAGAAGAUUGUACAUACGACGAUCUUGAAUAUAAGAAGGGAUUGUGAACAUCAACCUUAGUUAUUAUUUAGUUCUCUUCGCAUCGCUGCUUUCAAAAGUUGUAUACGUUAGUGUCGCGCUUAUAACACAAUGUCCCGAUUACCGUAUACCUACAGAGGGCUUGUAGUUCCCGUAUUUACUCCUUUCAAUAGUGACGGAACUCUCAAUUUGGAUAUUAUACCGCAAUAUGCAAUAUACUUGGCAAAGAAAGGGGUCAAAGGUUUACUUGUUAAUGGCACAAGUGGCGAAGGAAUGUCAAUGUCUAUUACCGAAAGGAAACUUGUUACCGAAGCUUGGGUAAGAGCAGUGAAAGAAACAAAGCAACACCUAAUGAUUCAAGUAGGAGGCGCACCUCUUCCCGAUAUUAUCGAACUUGCGAAACACGCAAGUAAUCUGCGCGUGGAUUCUAUACUCUGCUUACCAGAGUUGUACUUCAAACCUACCACUCCUAAAGGACUGAUUGAAUACUUGGAAAUAGUUGGCAAGGCAGCGCCAAAGACACCGUUAUUAUACUAUCAUAUUCCUAUGUUGACUAAUGUUAACAUACACAUGGGACAAUUCCUUGAAUCUAUUGGUGACAAAAUACCGUCAUUCGUGGGUAUAAAAUUCACCAGCACCAAUUUAGAGGAAGGUGCACAUGCGUUACAUGCCGAUAAUGGGAAAUUUGUUAUUUUCCUCGGUAAUGAUCAGUUAAUGAACGCUGCGUCUGUAUUGGGAUUUGAUUCCUUCAUAGUAACCACCCUAAACAUGUUUCCGGAAUAUAUACAGCAGCUUCUUGCUGUUUGCAAGAAAGGAGAUAUAUUAAAAGCCAAAAGUAUGCAAGAGAAACUCACAAGCACUGUGAUUGCUAUAAUGAAACAUGGUAAUUGGGUGCAGUCUAUGAAAGUAGCAAUGGUUCUUCUUACUGACAUUAAUACAGGUCUACCUCGUGAACCACUUAAAUCGAUUUCUUCUGAAGCUGUAGCAAUUAUGACGAAGGAAUUAACAAACUUGGGAUAUCAGCCAAAAGUUAAACAUUAUUGAGAAUAUCUUAAUUCUUUCAUUUUUUCAUCACGUUUGUGUGCCUUAUGUGACACCAUAUUAUAAUACCUCACAAUUCAGAUUUUCCAA